UCAUCAUUAGCCGCUCGAGUUAGUCACUAGUCAGUCGUUGGCGAUCAACGCGCGAGUGAAGUGCGUCGUGGGUUUCUAUGGAUUGAAAUACACGGCAAAGAGAGAAGCAGCGAUAGCAGCAGCAGUAGAUCUUUACCAAGUGAAUCCAUGAUCACGCCCGUCAAUUUGCCAGAACGCUCAACCUUUUUCGGUGGCAAGGCACAUCGAGCGUUUAAGAAAAUGUCAAUCCUGUCCCAACUGUCGCGCCGAUUUCACGAUAUGUUGACGACAGACGCGAAACCGGAUCCGCCGCGAACCGGAAGUUACAUGCACAAUCUUUCACCGACUCCGGACGAGGAGUUGACGAAAACGCAAGCGAAGCCCGCCACGAUGGAAAAGGAGCAAGAGGACGUGACGUCGUUGCACGAGCAAAAAUCGAUGCCGAAUGGUGCAAGACCGACGACACCCACACCCACCGAUUUUUGUAGAAAGCCGGAAGACUUCGGCGACACGAGGUCGACGAGCGAAUCGAAGGAGUACAAACGACCAAGGACGAAGACGAAACCAAAAUACAAAUAUUCACAAGGUACGAAUGUAGUAAAUUACAACAUAGUCAACUCUAAUGGAGUGAAGAUCGGCUCACGCACGAGUUACAUAUGUAAUGUAAACCAGUACCCGACAAACAAUAACGCGACGCAGUCCGAGACGACUUCGAAGCCCAAGCAUCGGCCGAUGCCCGAAAACGUGGAAGAGUUGAGCACGUGCGAAGAGCAGCUCGGGUUCGAUGACAUGUUCAUUCUUAAGACACACGUUGGGCACGGAUGGCGGGACGUUGCGAGAAGACUUUCGUAUUCGGACGGACAGAUCGAUCAAUUCGAGGAGAAUUAUAGACACAAGGGUAUCGACGAGGUAAUCUAUCAGUUACUGCUUGAUUGGAAGCAAGCCAACACACGGGAUGCUCAACUCGGUACGUUAGUUAGUAUACUGUGGUCUUGUCAGGAAUAUGACUGCGUCGAGCGAUUAGUUGCAGCUCGCAAGAAUCCGUCUUAGUUGGGUGCGACAAAUAAAAAUCUCUACCUAACGCUUGUACAUAACGCUUACGCGAACGAUUGUGAUUAUUUUUUUACUCGAAAUAGAAUUUCAUAGUUUUUAUACAUAUCUUAGCGCAUAGUUUAUAGACACACGGUAUACGCACCAUUCCGAUAGCAAAGAUCGUUUACAUUUGUCUAUGUCAGAUAGGCUGACAGAAUAUUGUUCUUCACUAAUUCUUCACUAAUUUCGUAUUCAGUCUUCGAUACGACAUUGUGGAAUCGCAUUGAGCCUUCAAAUAGGAACAUGAUCUGGUUAAUAAUACAUCACGGACAAACUUGUAACGUCGUUUUGCGCGAUACACAUGUGUAAUAUUCCAAUGUGUGUGCGUGUAUAUAUAUAUAUAUAUAUAUACACAUUUUUUUAUACUUAUCCCUAAUUUUAUAAAAUCUG